AUGUCUUUCAUCCGCAACAUCAAGAGCCUUGCUCCCCUUCUCGACCGCGUUCUGGUCCAGCGCAUCAAGCCCGAGGCCAAGACCGCCUCCGGUAUCUUCCUCCCUGAGAGCAGCGUUAAGGAGCAGAACGAGGCCAAGGUUCUCGCCGUUGGCCCCGGUGCCGUCGACCGCAAUGGCUCCCGCCUCCCCAUGAGCGUUGCCCCCGGUGACCGCGUCCUGAUCCCCCAGUUCGGUGGCAGCGCCGUCAAGGUCGGUGAGGAGGAGUACACCCUCUUCCGUGACUCUGAGAUCCUCGCCAAGAUCAACGAGUAA